AUGACCUUCUAUAAUACAAUUAAUGAGCUCCGUCUGGAGGACAAACUGUGUGACGCUGUGAUCAGAGUCGAUGGCGUCGACUUUAACGUCCACAUGGUCAUCCUCUGCAGCUGCAGCUCGUACUUCAGAGAUCUCUUCCGCGGUAAGACGUCAACAUCCGAGCAGCAAGUCUACACUUUUUCCCAGGUGUCACCCACUACAAUGAGCCUCAUUCUAGACUAUGCCUACACCGGCCUUGUUGUGGUGACGGAGGAGAACGUACUGGAGCUGCUGGCGGGAGCAGACCACUUUGCCAUCAAGGGCAUUGUACAGGCCUGCUGCAACCUCCUGGAGCAGCAACUUAAUUACAAGAGCUGCGUCCACAUCUGGAUGUUGGCGGGCUCCCACAAAUGUACUGAGCUGAGGCAAAAGGCCUAUCUCUACAUCCUGCAUCACUUUGAGGAGGUCACAGAGCACUCUGAGAAGUUACUGCAGCUCUCUGUGGGGCAGAUGGCAGAUUUAAUCGAGAAGGACGAGCUCAACGUGAGGCAGGAGAGCGCCGUGUUUGAGACCAUCCUACGCUGGAUCAACUAUGCACCUGAGGAACGCAGGGGUCACAUGGCCACGCUGCUGAGCAAGGUGCGCCUGCUGUUAAUGUCCAGUAAGUACUUGGUCAAUACUGUGAUGGUGAAUGCUCUGGUGAUGAAGAGUCCAUUAUGCAGGACCAUGGUGAUCCACACCCUAAACACCCUGCUUAAGUCCAAAACAAGGAGACCUCUGACCCGCACACGCCUGCCGUCUGCUGUGCUGUUGGCUAUUGGUGGUUGGAUGAAUGAUGCUCCAACCAACAGGAUUCAUUUAUAUAAUGUUCGAGCUGACAGCUGGGUGACAGUGAACAACAGCAGAGAGGCUCCUCGAAUGUUCCACGGAUGCGUCUUCCUCAAUGGAUUUGUCUACUGUGUCGGAGGCUAUGAUGGGUUUAAAUAUUUAAGAAGUGUACGAAAGCUUGACCUUGUCACCCAAACCUGGCAAAACGUGGGGUCAAUGCGCUUAGUCCGCUGCUAUGUCAGCGUGGUUGCACUGGAUGGCUGCAUAUAUGCCAUGGGAGGCUGUAAUAAAAGUGGAAGACUCAAAACUGCAGAACGAUACCAGCCUGACACCAGCCAGUGGACUCUGAUUGCACCAAUGCAUGAAUACAGGAGCAAUGCCAGCGCCACGACAUUGCACGGCAAGGUGUACAUUUGCGGUGGCUUCAACUGGGCUGAACCUCUGUCAACUGCUGAGUGCUACGACCCUCACGCCAACCAGUGGACACUGAUCACCCCCAUGGGAAAUGGGUAUGACGCGACUCUGGCCAUCGCCUACAAAGACCAAAUCUAUGUAGUUGGUGGCCUAAGAGAAACUUCACAUACGAGCAGAGUCAUCGCUUAUGAUCCACAAUCAAACCAGUGGAGUAUGGUGAAUCACAUGAUUAACCCUCGCAGCAGCUUUGGCAUCGCUGUGUUGGAGGACCAGCUGUAUGUGGUUGGAGGGCUGAACGAUUAUGGCAUCAUCUCUAAGGUGGAGCGCUAUGAUGAAAAGACUAACGCGUGGUCCGUCGUCCAGGACAUGGAGGUGCCCUGCAGCGACCUCAGCUGCUGUGUGGUGGAGCGAUGCCCCUUCACUGCUGCAUACCUGUCAUAA